AUGUAUGAUCUUCAAGAAAAACUCAACUAUAACAAAGAGGAAUUAUUGAAAAUAGUUAAUUUAAUACAAAUAAAGGAUAUAGUUGAAGAUCAAGAGCAAAAUGAAACAAUAGAAGAAAAUAAAGAAAAUCUAAUACAAAAAAAUACAAUAUAUUAUAAGAAAAUAAAGAAACAUGAAAAGAUUAUCCUCUCAGAAGAAUUUAGUAAGAAACUUAUAAAAAAGGUGCAUGAAGAUUUAUGCCAUAUUGGGAUCAGACAAUUACAGAAAAAAAUAAGUCCAAUAUACACAGCUAAAAACCUAACAAAGAAUAUCAUAAAUAUUUGUAAAACAUGUGAAAUAUGCAUAAAAAAUAAAUCAAGAGGUCAAGGAAAAUUUGGAUUAAUGUCACAACUGGGACCAGCAACAAAACCAUUUGAGAUAAUGUCAAUGGAUACUAUAGGUGGCUUUGGAGGAUCUAGAUCAACAAAAAAGUACCUGCACCUUUUAGUAGACCAUUAUACAAGAUAUGCAUUUAUUGUGACGUCAAAAACACAGAAUGCAACUGUGAAUACACCAUUCUCAAAUGGCUUGAAUGAAAGGUUAAAUCAAACAAUAGUUAAUAAAAUAAGAUGUAGAAUAAAUGAGAAAAAUAAUAAGAGAACAUGGACAACAGUGGCAAGAGAAUGUAUAGAGAAAUAUAAUGAAACAGAACACUCCGUUACAGGUUUUGCACCAAAAUAUUUACUGGAUGGUACAAAUGUCAGCAUUCUACCAAAUGAAUUAAAAAUAAUAGAAGGAGAAGACAAGUGGAUUGCUGAUAAAAUAUUGGCAUUAGAAAAUACAAUAAAAUCCCACAAGUACAAUAAGAAAAUAUUUGAUAGAAAAAGAAAAAUGCAAGAGUUUAAUAUAGGCGACAGUGUAUAUGUUGAGAAUGGAAAUAGACUGAAUAGAAAGAAAUUAGACGAAUUAAAAAUAGGUCCUUUUAAGAUAGUAGGGAAAAUAUCGAACUCCAUUUAUAGGAUUGACACUGGUAACAGAAAAACAGAAUCAACUUUGUUCCACAUAACAAAAUUACAACCGGUUACAACAGAAUCUGAAGAAGAUGAAAUAUAA